AAGAGCCACCAUGCCUGGGCCAUCAGCCCCACCACCACCAGCCAUCUACAGCGCCCUGGCCCUCCUGCUCCUCCUCACGCCUCCCGCCAACGCCUUCUCCUGCAGCCCCCUGCGCCUCCACGACAGCGCCUUCGCCUGGGACAGCCUCCAGCUCCUCCGCAACAUGGCUCCCAGCCCCACACAGCCCUGCCCGCAGCAACACGCGCCUUGCUCCUUCCCGGACACCCUCCUGGACACCAACGACACGCAGCAAGCCGCACACACCGCCCUCCACCUCCUCCAACACCUCUUCGACACCCUCAGCAGCCCCAGCACCCCCGCGCACUGGCUCCACACCGCACGCCACGACCUCCUCAACCAGCUUCAGCACCACAUCCACCACCUCGAGCGCUGCUUCCCAGCCGACGCCGCGCGCCUCCACAGGCGAGGGCCCCGCAACCUUCACCUCAGCAUCAACAAGUACUUCGGCUGCAUCCAACACUUCCUCCAGAACCACACCUACAGCCCCUGCGCAUGGGACCACGUCCGCCUCGAGGCUCACGCCUGCUUCCAGCGCAUCCACCGCCUCACCCGCACCAUGCGCUAAGAGGAGCCCCACACGCGCACCUCUGCCCUCAUGCCUCCCUUCGCCCACCACACAGGGACGCUGACAAGAACUGACCGGAGCCCAGUGGCCACCACCACCCACCCCCUCCUUAUUUAACUAUUUAUUUCAACCAUGCCUCUCAUCUAUUUAUUAGUAACUAUUUAUGCAAAACAAAUAAAGACCUUUUCUAAGAACCUG